GCGGCGGAGAAGUAACCAGCGUCAGCGUCGUGUGAACAUCGGAGGGUAGAGUGAAAAAUAACUAUAGUGGACAAUGCUGCAAAACACGGGAAAGCUGUCCGGACGCACCCUGUUCAUAACGGGUGCAAGUAGAGGCAUCGGUAAAGCCAUCGCUCUCAAAGCUGCCAGGGACGGUGCCAAUGUGGUCAUAGCGGCCAAAACCGCCGAAGCGCACCCCAAACUGCCUGGCACUAUCUACACAGCCGCUGAAGAAAUCGAAGCGGCGGGCGGAAAGGCCUUACCGUGCAUCGUUGAUGUUCGGGAUGAAAAGCAGGUCAAUGUUGCCGUAGAAAACGCGGUGCAUAAAUUUGGAGGGAUCGACAUCUUGGUGAAUAAUGCUAGUGCAAUCAACCUGACGGGGACCCUAGAAACACCCAUGAAGAAAGUGGAUCUUAUGUUGGGUAUCAAUCUCAGAGGAACAUAUAUGACGUCCAAGCUUUGUAUCCCACACCUACUGAAGAGUAAAAAUCCACACAUCCUCAACCUCAGUCCACCACUUAACCUUAAUCCUGUCUGGUUUAAGAAUCACACAGCAUACACAAUGGCAAAAUAUGGCAUGUCUAUGUGUGUCCUUGGAAUGGCUGAAGAAUUCCAGGGAUCCGUUGCUGUUAACGCCUUAUGGCCCAAGACAGCUAUUCAGACGGCGGCUAUGGAUAUGCUCGGUGGGCCAGGAAUAGCAAAACAGUGCCGGAAAGUUGAAAUAAUGGCAGAUGCUGCUUAUGCUGUACUUAGCAAACCCGUCAGCUAUACAGGACAGUUUGUCAUUGAUGAGGACAUUCUCAGGAAGGAAGGCAUUAAAGACUUUGAUGUAUAUGCAGUCAAGCCAGGUCAUCCUUUGCUUCCGGACUUCUUUCUGGAUGAAGAACCACAGAAGGUUCAGAAGCUGAUGGAGGAUCAAGGUGCUACUCCUGCUUUCAAGGCUGUUGAUGAAGCAGCUGUCAGUGUACGCAUCGCCGACAUAUUUAAUGUGUUCAAGAGACGCAUCACCACCGAGCUGGUCAAAAGCACGCAGGGAGUCUACAAGUUCGAGCUGUCAGGGAAGGAUCCAGGAGUGUGGUAUGUCGACCUGAAGAACGAGGGUGGCAGCGCAGGCAGUGGUGAACCCCCGAACAACGCUGAUGUGGUCAUGAGCAUGGACAGUGACAACUUUGUCAAGAUGUUCACAGGGAAUCUAAUGCCCACCAUGGCCUAUAUGUCUGGGAAGUUGAAGAUCGAAGGAGAUCUGUCCCUGGCCAUCAAACUGGAGAAGCUAAUGGCCUUGAUGAACAAGUCCAAGUUGUAACCAGAGAUGCUGUAGUGCUUUAAACAGUAUGCACCAUUACGUUUAUUAAAAUUAGAUUUUUUUAAAUUUACGUUUAUUAAAUCAUCAAGAAGGGUCUAGCUACAGACGUCACAUGAGGCUGUGGAUUCAAGGACGUAGUGUGAUCCAUUUUGAAAACAAAUUACUUUAUCAAGUAUGGAUGUUUUAAUAAAUGUUCUUUCACUAACUAACUACAGCCUGUUGUUUUACUAAUUUAAAGUAGCUAAAACAAUUAGUGCCUUAUAAGGACUACAUUAAAUUUGAAAUUACGUUCAAACGUAAAAACCAUUUAUCUCUGCUGCCAAGAAUGGACGGACAAACCCACGUCCAUUAGUGGUUUUAACCCACUAAGUGAAGGUGAAGAAUAUCGAGUAAGUAUAGGGGAAGAUGAAAAUAAACACAUAGAAACAAAGAAAACGAUUUUAUGCAAUGUAGGGAAACCACAUAUUAACAGAAAGGGCUAAGAGAAACAAGGAAAAAACCCACAGAAAGGUGUAAGUGGAAUACUAAUUACCUCAAGAAGCUGGACAGCUAUGUUGUAACUAACUGUGUGAGUCUUAGAAACUAAUCCUGCUUGGUAACAUUACUAUAUAAUGUAAUACCAUACAUCAUUUUACGCACAAAUGAUCGGCCUUUAUGUUUCAUGUUUAUGUCUUUAGGUUAGAAUGAAUAUAUUUGUUAGCAUCACAUAGUGUUAUACAGUUUUUCCACAAAUUGAUUUUGGUAGUGGAUAUGAAGUGUUUUUCCACAUUCUAUAAAAUAAAAGCAAUCAUAUAAAGUG